CGAUUGAGCUGCAUGUGCUCUCCCAUCUUCACUCCCCCACUCUCCCCCCGCCCCCCGUCCGCGGGUUAUCACCUAAGAAAUGGUCUUACGCCCUAAUCAGUAGCUAAUCAGUGGCCACACAUAGGUGAUCACGCUGAUCCUUUCUCCGGCAAUCAGUUGCUCCCCGUGUCUUGUUCCGUUAACCCAUGUUUGUGUUUUGGUCUUUUUGAUCGGUUUUUGUUGAUUUUUUUUUUUGUGGUCGCCGCAAAGGAAUAUUCAAUUGCAGUGAUGUCCACAGAGGAUAAUGAACCAAACUGGAACAAACUAUUAGAACAGGAUGACACCACGACGAACUCCUCAAAACAUAAUGGCUCUGUUGGAAUAGAUAUUCCUCCAAGUGAAGAGGCAACUGAAUUGGACAGAUGUAUCAGUCAAAGCGAGGCAGAGCAAACCAAAUUUCUUCCUACAACGAAUGACUCCACGAAUCUCAAGAAUGGGAUCAACACUCAUGGUGUGAAUACAAUACAGAUCCUAACAGGGAAAAACAAGGAUAUUACUCUCACCUCAAACGACAAGAAAGACAAAUUCAGGCCGUAUUCAUUAUUCCCUUGUUUCAAUUUUAGUUCCAAUAGUACAAAUUUUUCUACAGGAAAAAGUGAAAUACCAAACAGCCCUCUCAUAAAUGGCACAAAAGUUUACAUGACUAACAACCGAAAAAGUCAAACAGAUGUCAAUGCAGAAUGGAAGAGCAUCAAAAGUCAUACAAAUUCCCUCCAGAAGAGCUCAAAAUUCAUUCCAAGAUGCAAUUGUUGGCUGAUUAUACUUUACCUAGGUCUCGUGCUCACAUCUUUAUUAUGUGGCGUGAUGUGGUUUACAAAUGUCUACCAAACUGAAAUAGCAAAGAAACUGACGCUUUACAAUGGUAGCUUGCUGAUGAAUAAUUGGGCCAAUUCAUCUGUGAAACCAAAUGUGUGUGUUUAUGCAUUUAAUUACACCAAUGCAGAUGAGUUCCUUACAUCCAAUGAUGACAAAAUGAGGCUGAAAGUGCAAGAAGUUGGUCCAUAUUGCUACAAGGAAUCUGUGUUGCGGACGAACGUUGUGUUCAAUGAUGAUGAUGGAACAGUGACAUUCAGUGAAUUUAGAUCUCAUGAAUUUGAUGAAGAUGCUUCUCGGGGAAACAAAGAUGAUCUCUUGACUUUACCAAACGUUCCUGUCAUUGGUGCUAUUUCUCAAGUGAAGAAUUAUAACACUCUCUACAGGCGAGGUCUUGCAUUUACACUAAAGUGGUCGGAAAACUCAUCUCCGUUUGUCAAAGUAAAAGCUCAUGACUACUUCUUUGGUUACGAUGACUCGCUUGUGAAGAUAGCUGGCAAAAUUGCUCGAUUUCUUCACAAGGAAAUGCCGUUUGAUAAGUUUGGAAUUUUAGCAAAGAAAAGUGGAUUAAAUAAGGAUAGAAUAACUAUUCAGGGUGGUUACAAGGACUUGGAUCAUUUUGGGGAUGUAGUAGCAGUGAAUGGAGUGAAUGAAACGGACAAGUGGAAAUCUGAUGACUGCAAUGCCAUCGAAGGCAGUUACGGCUCAUUUUUCCCAAGAAAACUUUUACAAGACAAGUCCAAGCCAUUAUAUAUUUACAACAAAGAUAUUUGUCGGAAACUGCCGCUCGUUUAUAAAGAACAAAUUCCGUAUCAAGAAGGAAUGAUGGCUGAUGUUUAUGCUUUGCCGACAAAUGUCUUUGCUUCACCCAAAAGAAAUAGCUACAAUCAAUGCUUCUGUAAGCGAGAGUUUGAAAUUUCAUGCCCGGAUGGUAUCUUUGAUGCAGCCCCGUGUUCAUCAGGAUUUCCUAUGGUUUUCUCGCAACCACAUUUCUUGAACGCUGACCCAAUUUUGGUGGAUGCUGUUGAUGGUCUUUCUCCUAAUGAGACACUGCAUGAUUUUAAACUUCACAUUCAUAGGGGAUUAGGAAUCACAAUUGGUUCUGAAUCAAGAAUACAAAUCAAUAUUCGGGUGUCGAAAGUUCCUGAACUGUCCAUUCUUGAUCCGUUUGAGGAUGAUUCAGUGCUACCUAUUGUUUGGCUAGAAGUCGGCGUCGGGAAAAUUCCACCCAAACUGUUUGCAUUCAUUCAUCAUGCUUCAGUAACGGUGAACCUUGUGGAGAAAAUUCUCAAGUAUGGAUCUCUUUGUGUUUUAAUAAUAAUUUUAGUGCUUCUUAGUCAUUCGUACUUUAAGAAACUUUUGCCUUGGUCCAGAAGACUGAAAAUGAAACCCACUGGAGACAAAGCGCAAACUAUCAACAUGAAUAAUGUCCUCACCCAAACAUGUACAAUCAAGAACAAAUUUUGAACCACCUCUCAGUGCCUCUUAAUGUUUAAUGUUCCUUGACUGAUUCGAGCAGUGCCCGUUAGACAGAAUCCUGAAAGGGUAGAAUUAAAAAUUGACAACCUUUUAUCAUUACAGAUGAGUUGUCAGGGCUGAAUGAACUUCUAAACAUAUGAAGCCAUUGCUUUGUAAAAAAAUGGAGGGGCAUCACCUCCUUUCCCUUUGUAAGGAUUGUUUGGAGUCUAAAAUGUCUUGAUGUGAAAUUUGGCACUGAGCUGUCAACUUUGUGAUAAGUCCUUAACCGGUGAUUUUACGGUGGCGGCAUUCUUUAAAAUGUGAAUUUUUUUAACUUACAUCCAAAACUAGUACUCCAUCUUUAAUCAUGUACAUAUUAGAGAGCUCAAUUCAAAAUUGUUAUGCCCUUAGACAAUUGACGGGUGAUAAUAAAAAUUGUGAUUUGAUUUCUCGGCUCUCCGAACACUGUUGCAAUGCAACAUCUGUUGAUUGAAUUUUUGUUUUUCAUUAUCCUAUUUUGCUCUUAAUUUUUCAUGAAUUCAUCCUCCCUUUCGUCCUCUUUGUAGAUUUUUUUUGUUUGGAAUUGCUUGUCAAAAUAUUGGACAUUUUGGUCAUUGUAACAUCUACAUGUAUUUCAAAUUUUUUAUUUUGACAAGCUGUACAGCAUGAAAAUUACACAUAGCUUCUCAUAUCUCCAAUUUUGUGUUUUGAUCACAAACAUGAUCAGCUCUCACCGGCAUCGAAUGCACCUAUAAUUCAGAUUGAUAAAGUGCCUGUGAAAGCUUAUUUUAACUUAUUUAAAAUUUUUUUACUUUACUCUUUCCUGUAGAUACUUUUGUUCUCGAAAAAAUCCGUGUGCCUUUCUCUUUAAAUUUAGAUUCAAUUUUUAGGAGCAAGAAGGGUUACUAAACAAUCUAGAAAUUUUUACCUCUCCAAAAUGUUUUCUUCUUGCAGAUUUAUGUAAGAUACUUUAGUGGGUUAGUCCUGCAGCAUUUCUAUAUUCAACUAGUUUCCAACUCACUGAACAGCUUUUAAAAGGCUCAUAGGUUUAGAUAAUAAUAAAAGCCACCAAUAGAAUUUGAUGGUCCAUAUGCAUAUCUUUCCUACAAGAACAUAUUUUGCCAAUGAGCCUGUUUCCUGAAAUUUUUUUUUCUUUUAACGCCUUUUUCCCCCCCUUUUCCAUCUGAAUUGCAAGUUGUUCUUAAAUUCUCUCCUCUUUUAACCUCCUCCUGUCCUGUCAACUUGUUCUGUUUUGUCAUGUUUCAUCCUCAGGAAUUUAUAACAGAAGCCAGGCAUUAGCACUAGGACUGUUUCAUGUGUUUUUUAAAAUUUAUCUAAUAUUUUUAGAUCUACGAGUCCAGAUAAAAAGCUUUUUAAAUCUUGUAAAAUGAGUAGCCACACCAAUAUGCCAAAGUUAUCAAAUGGAUGCACCAUAGACUGUGAAGAUGAUGUAGAAAUGUGAUUCCCCAAUCGGUUUUGAAAUAUUUAGCCUAAUUUUUAUUUUAGUCGUGUUAGUUCUAUGAAUUUAUUGUAUGAAUGUACAAAGACAUGCCUAUUUCUCGUUAUUUUUUAGUUUUUCUAAGUAUCAUCUUGUAUCAGAGGCUGUUGAGUGUGAAAGACAUUUUAGGUGAUACCUGUCAUCUACAUAAAUAAUUGCGUUCAGUAAAAUUGAAAGGUAAAAAUUCUAUCCAUUUCAGUUUGUUUUAUUAUUUUCAUCUCCUGCGUGUUAUAGUAUGAGCAGACAUUUUCAGUAACUAUAACUAUACGUUUCGGAGGUUUUGAAGUAAAAAGGAUAGUAAGGGUAUAUUGCCCCUGAAAGUUUCCUUUAUUUGUCCAAUCAGACACUGGACGUUUUUGAUAGAUGAUUUUAGUUGUGCCUGCCCCUUUCGUGUGAAUGAUACCCUGGUGCAUUUAUUUUGAUUUUUUCUUCUCCCUAUUUGUCAAUUUUUCCAUGUUUUUAUAUUUAUGUUUUUAACUUUACCAAUUUUAUGUCAGAGUCUUCUCUAUACUGAGGCAAUUUAGCUGCCUCCUCCAAAAAGAAAUUGUCAUAUAUUCUUGAAUAUUUUUUCUGUGGAUCAAGAAAUUCAGACUCUUUUGCAAUUUUCUGUAUCAGCUUGUUGGCAUUUAAAGAAACAAGCAGACUCUGUGUAAUAAUACAAUUUUAUUUGUGUUUGUAAAUAUAUGUAGUGGAUCAUACUUGUAUAUAAUAGCUUCAAGUAAUGUUCGAUAAAAUUUAUGCCUGAAUAUUAUAGACUGUCUGUUGAUUAUUCAAUGGACAGAUACAGCCAGAACUAGACUUCUGUAUUUCAUGUUGCCUACUUUCCUAUUAUGUUUUUUUUUCUUCUUCUUUUUUUAAUACAGAAGAACUAAGUGAUAUAGCUUGUUUGAAUAUUUUGUAAUUUUCCAUGACAUUAUGGAUAGUAAAUUCAUAAAAUUUCAAAGCAGAAUGCUCCUUAGUUUUCCUGUAAAAAAGGAAAUAUAGAAAGAAAUUAGACAACAAGCAAUGCAGAUAGGCUAAUUCUAGCCAGGGCAAUCCAUAUGUGCUCCGUGAUAUGAUUUUUUAUAUUAUUUCCGUUGAAAAGAUUUUGUAUAAAGUUUUAGCAAUAACUUUUUAUGAAUCAAAUGAAUUUAAAUGUAUAAAUGAGUAUUCUUUGUUUUGUUUUAAUGGGUGGCCAGUCUUUCUGAGAGAUGCGAAAUUCCCUGAUUCUCUAGUCUCUUGCAGAAAAAAAAAUGACAUAAUUUCUUUCUAUUUCAUACUUUAAAGAUAUUCCUCCUUUCUUUUCAACAUUCCCAUUUAUAAAGGGAACUAGCCACCCUACUUUGUGCCUUAAAUGUUAAAACAAAUGAAAUUUCGGGGCUUUUCAUCUGUAGCCUGUUGAAGUUGUAAGAUUGUCCUCUUGUAAUUCGUGGAUUUAUACAAUUAAAUGCUGAACGUUUUGAUUCAUAGAUUACUGUAAGCUUCUCUCCAUGAUGUGAAUUUUAGUGUUUUGUUCAAUUUUUAAAGAAAAAAAUUUAGCUCCUAUUACUCAUCUCUCCUCCAAGAGAGAUCUCACGCCUUCAAUUUGCACUUUAGUCAUUCUCUAGCCAGUUUAAGUAUGUUAAUCAAAAUGUGCAGCUCUUAGAUUUUUUUUCUCAGAGGUCAAAACAAUUCCUGUCAAUCCUCACAACCCAUGAUAGCCACAAGUUUCAAAUUUUAUAUUUUUUUUUUUUUUUUUUUAUUGUUACUGUAAACUUGGGUUUUACUAUUCAUUGUCAUACUUUUGAAUGCUACUUUUGCAAUAAAAAAAUGAAAAUAUUGUUUUAAA